UGUCUCUCAAUUUCCAUAUUAUCUACUCCUUCCUUUGAUAAGUUUGUUUUUCCACCUACAUAGUGUGACGUUGAUGCAGGACGUGAAAAAGUUAGUACAAAAAACAUAAUAAGGAAGCUCAUUUUCAAAUACACCAUUGCAAUGAUCCUUUGUCCCAUAAAGUAACGGCAUAAACGAAUUAGAAAAUCUUGAGUAGAUUUUUCAGUGUGGUAUAUAUCAAUCUGCAUUAAAUAUGAAAUAAAAGGUAUGAACCUAAUUUUUUAUCAUCACAAUCAGAAAACCCUAACUCUCUAUCGAAGAUCAAAAGGUAUGAACCUAAUUUUUCCAGUUUCAUACUUGUCAAGACUAUUAUUCCUUAGUAACAGAAAUCAUUUGUGAAGAGUAAUAGAAAUCAGUGGAGAUGUUUCGGUUGGAUGCUGUUCUUCAAUUAGGAAUUGUUGAUUUGGGUUUGAUGUUGAAGUUGUUUCUUACAAGGGCAUCAGCUCCGGCUCAUAGAAGAGUUAAGGAAAGUCAUCUUAGUUCUGAUGCCAUCUUCAGACAGAGUCAUGCUGGUUUGUUCAAUCUCUGUAUUGGUGUACUGGUCGCAGUCAAAAUAAGACUUAUUACUGAAAAUUUAAUGAAGCUUUACAUCACUAAGAGACUGGCCACUUUUCAUGUGUUGGUAUGCAUCUACUCUCUAUCCCAUGCUUACUUUGAAGUAACUACAUCUUUGGAACUUCCUGACAUGAAUAUUAUUGAACCGUGUUUAUCUGAAUUCAAUCUCAGCCUACCUUUGUUUGUGGUUGCUUCUUAUAUGGUUGAAAAGAUAGCUCAAAAUAAGCUCGUUUCGGAACCAGUAAGUAAUAACAAGGUUAUUUCAUUUUGCAUUUUAUGCCCUUUAGCCAUCAGCAUAGUUAUCCAUGACUAUAUACAUUCACAAGAUGUGCUUUUAAGCUCCCUUGGGAAGUUUUAGUUCUUGUACUGGACUUGCCAGUUUGACAUGUAGGUGAGUAGAAUACCCUUCCGUUUUUUCAGCAUACGUGACUUCGAUUUUUGGUCUUUACUUUAGUUGCUAAUGCCCACACCAUAUGUCACAGGGACCCAUUUUUGAAUGAGAUCGAAAAAUUGGGUAACUAUUCGGAAUCUUAGGAUCUCUCCUGAACUAAUUACUUAAUAUAAUGCAAAUAUUAGCUUUCAAGAUUCGAACAAAGGAAAAAAAAAGAAGGAAUGAAUGGUUAUUGCUAAUUUAGAAGCUUGCUCAGUUACUCUCAUAUCCUGCAGUUUGUAAUUUCUCUUCACGUAGUUAUUACCAUAGAUUCAAUUAUGUACCCAGUUUGUAUGAUUCUCAAUUGAGUGAACUUAAUGCAUUUCGACUUAAUCCUUACAUUCUCCGGAUACAUUUUUUUUGUUAUAUUAAUGUGAUGGUUUUACUGUUGUAUGUUAGAGACCCCGGUUUGAGUUAUUCAGCUUUUGUGCAGGAUUGAUUCAAUUGAUGUAUCCGGUGUAACACUAAUGCUUUUUGCUAGUGUUGUGUGGUUUAAGUUGGUGUCAUAUGCACAUACAAAUUACGAUAUGAGGGCGCUUUCCAAGUCCAGCGACUAGUAUACAGAAAUGUUGCUGAUGAACAUUAUGGAUCCAUUUUCAUCCUACUCAUUCUAGAAAAUGAUACAGAAAAUUUAUUGAUCUUUCCUGCACAAGUGGCCCCUUACAGUAUUUUCUAUUCGCUGAUGGAAGAGCACCUGAGCCAAGUUGGUGUCGAUACAACUAACAACAAAUGGAACAAAACGCUUGUUUUGGGUGUGGUGGAUCCAAAGGAUUCAUUAUCUCAUCCGGCAGGGGUCUUUGAUGUUCAAGUUAAUUCUGCUACGUGCUUAGAUUCUGAUCAUUUUGCCAACUUCUUGGUGAAAACAUAGGCAAAGCUUCUGAAUGCCUUUUGUACUGAAAGAUGGAACUCGAAUUAGUCUACAAAGUCUAAUCCAAUGUUAUGAGGACACCUAGCUGAUGAAGUUAUUCCCUGAAAUUGUUCGAAACAUCUGUGACCAAGACGUGCUUGCAGAAGAUAAGAUUCUUCAAUGACUCCGCUGAGGAUUAAACCUCAAGGGAAGUUGAGCAGUUGGGAUAUCACUUGCUAGAAAACUCAUAAGCUUUGAUUUUACUGUUUGUAUCUGGCUAAUGGCUAUGCAUGUAAAUGAUGAUUGACGAUUUUGGUUUUUGUACUUCAAGGCUUAUGGUUUAUAAUGAUGAUUGCCAUAAUUUUUCUUCUGGCAUAUGACCAUGAAUGGCAAACCCCUUCCUUUCGCUUA